GAUAAACUAAGUGGAGCUGACGGUGAAGGUGGUGAAAAAACAGAAACAGGCGAAGAUCCAGAGGUUGUAGCAGCUAGAUUAGAGCAAGAAGAAAGGCGUAAGGAACGACAUCGUAAGAUGGAAGCUGAAAGAGAAAAGAUGCGUCAAAAUAUUCGUUCAAAAUACAAUAUUCAAAAAAAAGAAGAUGGCCUUCCGUUUGAUAUGACUGCCGGACGAAUUGGCACAGGUGUCCGAAAAACACCGGAAGAGAUCAACAAAGAAAUGGGAGAAGAAGAUGACGGAAUAAUUGGACAGCUCGGAUUAACCGAACAGGUUGAGAAGGCAAAAACUGCUGUUUCCGGUGCAUUGGAAGCUGUUAAAGGAUUUUUACCUUUUGGUAAAUAA